AGAACAAUACAUGAUCUGCUUUCUUGCCUGCAAUUUACACUCAAUCUUAUUUCUCCUCUUAUUUCUACUUUGUACGAGUUACAUAUUAGAGACGUACAGAGUCUAAUGACAAAAGUAGGUGUUUAGGAUUAAGGAAUAUAUGAAUGAGAAUAAUUGUAAAUCAAGUCGAUUUCUGGGCCACAAGGCUGAAAUAAAGGAUUUCUAUAUACUAGUAAGGAACGAGCUCGGGUAAACUUGAUUCCCGGUAGAAACGAAAUCUCCAAGGAAGCGAGAAUCAAAACACGGAGGGGGGGAUCGCUUCGAAAGGAAGUGGAGUUGCCGUGUACAUUGGUGUCGUGUCCAGCUAGCCAGAAGCGGCCUGUAGAAGAGCGGUGGUCAGCCUGUAGCAAGGUAAGCGUGGAGAAUUCUCCGGCUGGCCGGAGAGGAGGAAUGAAAGGCAACGACGCCAACCGGUAAGGAGGAGGUAGAUCCCGCUCACCGGUGCACUUCACCUCCGGCCUCGGCACGGAUCGCGACCGAACCGAUGAACCAAGUGAACAGUUUUCGCGCGUUCCUCGUUCGUGCCUUCGACAGUGUCCACCUCGUCUUUUAAUUAGUUAGACAGAAAUUCUCAGAUCGAAGAGGUCGUGGGAGGAACCGGACCCGUCGAGUGUGACUCGAAGUGAAUCAGUUCCGAGUGAGUUUUGGUGUUUGAAUCCGAGUUUUUAAGGGACCGUGAGGUGGAAGAAUGUGGUAGGAUGCGUAUCCAGGAAAGAUGUUUUCUACGCGCCGUCGUAGGACUCUGCCUGCUGGGCGGAUUCUUCUCGUCGGCCGCCGAGCCGCAAACGACUACUGCCGGCUCCGCGAUUGAAGAGGUUCCCGGAGUUCAGCCGCUCGCGAGGAACGAAACGAUCGACCGGAAAUCGGAGUAUCCGAUAAAAGAUCAGGAUUCCAAAACGACGAUCGAGCCGAAGAAGAAGCCGGUCGAGUUCAAAAUCAAAACCGAACAAAAGUAUCCAAAGAAAGAUGCGAAGGAGGAUGACUCUAAACGUGAGAGCGAGACUACCACCGCGACGAGUUCAACGAGGUCUAUGGAAGAAACGACUACAAAGUCGAUGGAAACCGUGGGUGUGACGAUCCCAUUCCUGUUUCGUGGAGAGCCCAUAGUACCUGGGAUGAAUCUCACGGCACCGAACUUGGCUUCCUUAAUCGAGAACUCAUCGACGACGCAGAGCAGCGCGCAGAUGACGGAGGAGACGACAGCGUCCAGAGGCAGGGCGCUGAACAUCUCUGCACCGGAGCCGACCAACUCUUUGCACUCGAAUAUUACAGAUUUGAGUGACGUCAGCAUGGAUGAUGAUGAUAAAGAAAUGGAAGGCGGCGAAUACGUGGCGUCCCAUAACGAAACUUCGAUGAACGUUUCCUCGACAUUGUUACCCGUAAGCAUGUGCAUGGAAGGAAAUCGGACGUACGCAGUGGGUGAAAAGAUCGUGAAGGGUUGCGAGGAGAAGUGUGUGUGCGGCGAGGGUGGAGUAGUCACAGAUUGCAAACCUCUUUGCUCGUUGCCGUACGUUAGAGCCAACAGGGGAAUUCAGGAUCCAUUGUGUCAGGAAAAGAUCGUUAACGAAGAACCGUGCUGCGCUAUACUCGUAUGCGCCGCUGAUUCAGCGCCUGAGCCCGAAGAGACUUGCGUUUUUGGGAACAAAACCGUGAUGAGGGGCCAACGCGUGGAGGAUGGCUGUUCCAGUGUCUGUAUCUGCGAAGCGGAUGGCAAUCUGAAAUGUCAACAACGAUGUCCACCGAACGAUACCAUUUCUAUGACGAAUCAGCACGAUCGCUGCGUCGUUCUCACUGAUCCACGGGAUUCUUGUUGCACGAUCACUCUCUGCGACGUAACUUUAGGAGAUCAUGAGAUCAGGCCGGAAACCUCGCCGGAUUUAACCGUGAAUCUCACAGAUGUAAAAGUGCUAAACUCGACCGCGAUUAAGUUGAGAUUGUCGGUGAAAAACCCGCAGGAGGUGACCGUGGAAAUAUCUGAUAACAAUCACGUGUGGAGGCAACAGAAGCCCGAUAAGGAUGGUAUCGUAUCGAAUCUGGAGCCGGCACACUCGUACUACGUUCGGGUAACGGAUGGAACACGAACGGGUCCAGCGGUCCAAGUAUUUCUCCCGGCGGAAGUAGUCAAGACGAACAUCUCGGAUAAGACAGCAGAUAAAGGAUCCUGCAGCCAUAUGGGCAAAACGUACAAGAUUGGAGCAGAGUGGUACGACGAGUGUAUCUCCUUCUGUACUUGUACCGAGGGCGGUAAACCGGAGUGCCUUACGAUAGAGUGCCCGACGGACUUCGGAUUGGAUGUUCUGGACCCGCAUUGCCUGGACUGGGAGACGGUGCCUCCGAAUUUCGUCCCGAAACCCCCUCACUGCUGUCCUCAGGAAGUGCGUUGCAGGAAUAAUGGCUCCUGCCAUUACGAGGGUAACAUAUACGACAACUGGAGCGAAUUACCGUCGAACGUAACCGGAUGCGAGAAGCGAUGCUACUGCGAGAUGGGAAACGUGUCCUGUCAAGCGGCCUGUCCUCCGGUACCUGCGCUGCCGCCUGCUACUCUACCUUGUCCCGCUUAUCAGGCCGCGUUGAUGCAUCUACCCGGUGACGAAUGCUGCUUAGAGUGGAGCUGCAACCCGUCUAGCCAGUCGCCAGGAACGAACGCGACGGCCGCGUUACCCGGCCCCUUGGCCGCAGACUCGUUCGAUCGGGAAAAGAUUGACGGUACCGAAAGACCGAAUAACAAGUCGGACCCGGCUGGCCAGCGACCGGACCAUGGAACUACCUCCCAAGAUCCGAAAGACGUACACACAGACACUCACGGACUCUUCCAUUACCCGAUGGACCCCGGACACCCGACCGUACCGUACAACGGACCGUACAAUCCCGACUAUAAGUCUACACACCCCGCAGUAGAGGACGUGUUUCAUUUACCCUCCCACACCGACAAACCUCCUGUCAAAGAAAAAACUAAGACCAAGUCAGACGCUAAAAAACCGGUCGAGCCUACGAAAACGCACAAAGACGAUUAUUUCCCUGGACCAUUGGCGCCGGAUAAAUUCCCGGACAAGAGCAACGAUAAUCAUCAAUUCGUUCUCGGCUCGGUGAACCCCAAUAAAUUACCACCGGCGCAAAAAGUCCACGCGACCGAUCAACCGCAAUUCGUUCAACAAGGAUUCGCGAACCAGAACGUUCCGCCUGGUUACGAUCGAGAGAGCCCUCCGCCUUACAGAGGCCCGAUUCUCGGCGGGCCGGAGAACGUCGAUCCUAACGUGAUCGUCCCGGUGAACCCGAAGAAGAAGACCUCCCCCGGCGACUUCGACGCCGAGAAGGGCAAAAUUCCAACCGGACUGGCCGGUCGGCCGAAGCAGGGACAACGAAAUCCUGAACAGGAGAUCCUUCCUGAAGAACUGUACCACUUGAUCAAUCUGCAGCAUCCGGGAUUGGUACAAUUGGAGCACGGUCCCCCCGACGGGCAUCCAGGCUUGUACGACAUUCAUCAGCAGAUAUCCGGCCAGAAACCGCCGAACAAUCAGAUCCAACCUGGUUACUUCGCGACGGGAUCCGCCGCCGGUUCGAAAAAGCCUGUUAAACCGCACAUUUACGCGCAAAAGAACGAAGACGGUCAGACGACGUAUCACGUUCACACGGCAGAAAUACCGAGCUCGCCUCAGCAGAUCGAGGAGCUGUUAGCUCAUAUCGGGCAACACGAUCCCAAUCCUGGACCGUUCCAACAUUAUCCCGGACAGCCAGCCAUCACUCAUAACGUGGCGAGUGGCCCCCCGUCCGCCACUCUGCCGAUUCAUAUUGACGCUCAUAUACCGCAUUCAGGACUCACGCACUUGAACCAUCCGUUAGCAGCACAAACGCCCAACCAGUCAGGAAUGGAGCACAAUGCUCCUGGAAGCUUCCCGCUGCCUGGGACCAUCCCUGGAUUCCCUGUGUCUUCGUCUUCAGAUGAGGUGUCCGUACAAGUACUCGAGGCGCUCGACGAACACACCGUUCGCCUCGUCUUCACGGUGCCACAGAUCCUGGUUGGACUUCACGGACGCGUUGAACUGCGAUACACCAACGACAAAACGAAUUUCGAUGUUUCUACAUGGAAGACCCAAGUGUUCGCGCCGCCGAACGAUCUGAUCGCGACUCCGCAGUUAGAAUUUGAAUUGGGCGAUCUGAAACCUUCGACGGAGUACAAGGUGAAGAUCACGGUGAAGCUGAAGGAUCUGGGCAACAGCCCGACCAGCAAAAUCUACAGCGUGAGGACGCUUGAUAAGCGAGCGGACGCGACCACUCUACCGCCUCAGAUACCCAUCGAUGCCGAGCUCCACAUAGCCGAAACGAAUUCAACGUGGAUGAACGCGAGGUGGAGGAAGUUCACGGAUUACGAAAUGCAGUUCAUCGACGGUGUUCAACUGAGGUACAAGGAAUUAGACAGCAAGGUUUAUUCCGGCACGCCGUUGAUCCACAGAGCUGUCACGAAUUACGUGAUCGAAAACCUGAGACCCUCGACCACCUACGAGGUCGGCAUCGUCUUCGUCCCGUUCCCUGGACAGUUGACCGAAUUGAUCAGCGAGAAAACGGUUCAAGUGACCACCGCGAUGGAACCGGAUCCGUACUCGUUCGACGUCAAGGUGGAGAUUAAGACGAUUAAAUCGACGGACGUGGAAGUGACGUGGUCCGGCGUACCGUAUCCGGAGGACAAAUACGUGAACAUUUACAGAGCGAUCUAUCAGAGCGACAGUGGCAAGGAAGACAUGAGUACUUUCAAAAUCGCCAAGAGGGAUUCCCAUCCGAAGACUGUGAUUAGCGAUCUGAAGCCAGGUACCAGGUACCGACUGUGGCUAGAAGUGUACUUGACUAAUGGAAGGAUAAAGAAGAGCAACGUCCAAGACUUCGUUACCAAGCCCGGUGUGCUUCUCCCGGCCACCGUGUCUCAGCAAGCUGGAAAGCUUGCGUCACUGCCAAUUCAUGAGGGUGAUUAUUACGGGCCUUUGGUCGUAGUAGCUAUUGUCGCUUCUCUCGCUAUACUAUCGACCUUGAUCUUAUUAAUGAUGUUGAUGAAAAGACGGACUAGCAGUAAGGCUGAUAUAUCCUCCCGUAAAAGCACGUCGGCGUACGACAAUCCUUCCUACAAGACCUGUGAAGACGCAGUGAUGAUAUCAAACGGUAGGAAUAAGAACGCAGACCAUGAGAUGGCUACUAUAAACAGCAACGUCAAAGAAACUGCUUGAGGGUUUUGUUAUUUAUUAAAUUUUAUUUAUUUGAUACCACUUCUCCGUCUCGUGGUAAGUAUUUCGGUCUGACGUAUCAGGAAGUGACGUGUGUACGUACGCACACGUUCGCAUGUUUUAAUAACAAAUUCAGAUGUUUUUUAAUCGUGCGAAACGCUCGGCAAUUUUUCAAUUCCUGUCGGUCACGUUGCGUCACGUUGUAUUAAAAACUUUGUACAUAGCGGUGUCGAGUAAUACUAAAUAUUAUUACGUUAGGUAGUAAGAUAGGUGUAAGAGAAAUUGAUUUUAUAGUAUAAGUAGGUAAAGCUCGAGACCUUCACCUUGUAACAUCAUUCCUUAUACGUACACUGCCACGGUGUAUUUAAUAUUAACAAUUAAGUCGAUCCGCCUCUUGUACAGUCUACAUUUACAUCGUUAGAAAUCUACGUAUCGAAUAUAAUGGCAAGUACACCGUACGGAAGUGUUGAAUCAUGGAUUGAAUAAAAACACGGUUUGUAUAAA